UUGUUUUUUAACGUUAAGCCUGGCCUUUCUGGCAGUCAGAUUAACGACCUUGGUAUUACUCGACCACGGGCUGCUUUACCUUCUGGUGCCAAUGUUCAGACACGAUCAACUACCGCUCAAGGUCCUAACGGCUUCUCUACAUCACGUAGUCUGGCUGAGCCCCAUGCUCUUAUUCGUUCUGGGGGAGGAGCUGGUGGCGGUGGCAGCAGCAGCAGUGGGGUUGGACAUUCUGCGUUACGUAGACGUCGAAUGGGAGAUCAGUAUCAUUCUUCCAACCAGAACCAAGCCCAUAGUCACCACCGUAAUCAUCAAAACCAAUCACAACAGCUUCAAAAUUGUGCAACUAAUUGCUCAGAGCUCGAUACAUGUGGUGAGCAUCGAGCUAAUCGACUGCCAACGUUAUCCCCUGCUCGCCUAGGGCAGCGCGAUAUCGACCGGGACCGCGAACCCUGCAUAGCUGGGCACAAUGACACUUGUAAUUCGCAUCAACUUGUAGUUGAUACUCAAAAUAGUGCCUCUUUAGUGCGUUAUCGUUCGUCUUCAGCUCUACGUAUUUCGGCCGCUGCGAUUGCGCGUAAUAGAGGAUCUCUAGCUGGCAUGAUAACUAACGCAGCACCUGCGGAGAGUCAGGGAAAUCCGAUGUGGCAGAACUAUGGCUAUGAUGACACUAAUCUUUCACAGGCGAGCGUAGCUGGUGCAACACAUGCUAUAGCUGUAAGUACAUUUGCUGGUCCGAAUAAUGGCUUAACUGGCAUAGCCCGACUUUCGGGCGGCCUAACAACGGCACGCCAAACACGUAUGAACAGUCUUGCCGCCGGUAGUAUUACCCAA